UUUUAUCCAUCAUCAAUUCCCACAAUGCUCCGAGAGAUGCCAAAAUAUUGAGGUUUUCUAGGUAUGAUGGCGCUAGGUGUUGUACACUAAAAAGAGAGUAACCUAAAACCUGGAGGGACUUUUAUUAACUGCGAGGAAAAAACGGAGCGGCGAACUACUGAUGUUCAAAUCUAGCUGCUGAGAUUCAUGGAAAAAGGACACGACAGCUCCACCAGUAUGGCAGCGUCAGAGCUGUACACAAAGUUUGCUCGGGUGUGGAUCCCUGAUGCAGAUGAGGUGUGGAAGUCAGCAGAGCUCACUAAGAACUACAAACAUGGAGAUUCCACCCUACACCUCACACUGGAGGAUGGAAUGGACAUUGAGCACAAGCUGGAUGAUAAAACAAAGAACCUUCCUCACCUCCGGAACCCUGACAUCCUGGUGGGGGAGAAUGACCUCACAGCUCUUAGCUACCUCCACGAGCCGGCCGUCCUGCACAACCUUAAAGUCCGCUUCACCGACUCCAAACUCAUCUACACAUACUGUGGUAUUGUGCUGGUGGCCAUUAAUCCCUAUGAGAACCUUCCCAUCUACGGUAGUGACAUCAUCAAUGCGUACAGUGGCCAGAACAUGGGAGACAUGGACCCUCACAUCUUCGCUGUGGCUGAGGAGGCUUACAAACAGAUGGCCAGAGAUGAGAGGAACCAGUCUAUAAUCGUAAGCGGUGAGUCGGGAGCAGGGAAGACUGUCUCAGCUAAAUACGCCAUGCGCUACUUUGCUACAGUCAGUGGAGCAGCCACAGAGGCCAACGUAGAGGAGAAGGUCCUCGCAUCCAACCCCAUCAUGGAGGCGAUAGGAAACGCUAAGACGACUCGUAACGACAACAGCAGUCGUUUUGGGAAGUACAUUGAGAUCGGCUUCGACAAACGCUACCGUAUCAUUGGAGCUAACAUGAGGACAUAUCUACUGGAGAAGUCUAGAGUGGUGUUUCAGGCGGACGAGGAGAGGAACUAUCAUAUCUUCUACCAGCUGUGUGCGUCCUCCCAUCUACCAGAGUUCAAGAAUCUGAAGCUAGGUAGUGCUGAUGUCUUCCACUGCACCAAUCAGGGCCGGAACCCGGUCAUCGAUGGAGUCGACGAUGCUAAAGAGAUGUGCACAACACAACAUGCCUUCUCACUGCUAGGCAUCAACGAGUUGAACCAGAAGGGGCUGUUCCAGGUCCUGGCUGCCAUCUUACAUCUGGGCAACGUGGAGAUCAAGGACCGAGACUCUGACAGCAGCAUCAUACCUCCCAAUAACCGCCACCUGACGGUGUUCUGUGAGCUGAUGGGCGUGACCUACCAGGACAUGUCUCAUUGGCUGUGCCACAAGAAGCUGAAGACAGCCCAGGAGACCUACAUCAAGCCCAUCCCUCGGCUGCAAGCCUCCAAUGCCCGCGACGCGCUCGCCAAACACAUCUACGCCAAAGUCUUCAACUGGAUCGUGGACCAUGUCAACAAAUCUCUACGCGCCACCGUCAAACAGCACUCCUUCAUAGGAGUCCUGGAUAUCUAUGGGUUUGAGACGUUUGAGAUCAACAGUUUUGAACAGUUCUGUAUCAACUAUGCUAACGAGAAACUGCAACAGCAGUUUAACAUGCAUGUGUUCAAGCUGGAGCAGGAGGAGUAUUUGAAGGAGCAGAUUCCCUGGACUCUGAUAGACUUCUAUGAUAACCAGCCAUGUAUCAACCUCAUAGAGGCCAAGAUGGGGGUCCUCGACCUGCUGGACGAAGAGUGCAAGAUGCCUAAAGGUUCAGAUGACUCGUGGGCCCAGAAGCUGUAUAACACCCAUCUGAAGACCUGCUCUCUGUUUGAGAAACCUCGCAUGUCCAACAAAGCCUUCAUCAUACAGCACUUCGCUGACAAGGUGCAGUACCAGUGUGAUGGUUUUCUGGAGAAGAACAAGGACACAGUGAAUGAAGAGCAGAUCAAUGUCCUGAAGGCCAGCAAGUUGGACCUGCUAGUGGAGCUGUUUCAGGAUGAGGAGAAAGUGACCAGUCCAACAGGGACCGCUCCAGGAGGUCGAACACGACUCAGCGUCAAACCAAAAGAGGUCAGAUCUGGAGCAAGCAGCAAGGAGCACAAGAAGACUGUUGGCUGCCAGUUCCGGAACUCUCUGGCUAUGUUGAUGGAGACUCUGAAUGCGACCACUCCUCACUAUGUUCGCUGCAUCAAGCCCAACGACCUCAAGUUCCCCUUCACGUUUGACCCUAAGCGAGCGGUGCAGCAGCUCAGAGCCUGUGGUGUUCUGGAGACCAUCCGCAUCUCAGCUGCAGGCUUCCCAUCCAGAUGGACCUACCAGGAGUUCUUCAGUCGUUACCGGGUUCUGAUGAAGCAGAAGGACGUCCUGUCGGACAGGAGGCUGACCUGUAGGAACGUCCUGGAGAAACUGGUGCAGGACCAGGACAAGUACCAGUUUGGUAAGACUAAGAUCUUCUUCAGGGCUGGUCAAGUUGCCUACCUGGAGAAGCUGAGGGCUGAUAAGCUGAGGAAGGCGUGCGUCCGUAUCCAGAAGACCAUCCGCUGCUGGCUGGUACGCAAGAAGUACCUCCGAAAGAAGCAUGCUGCCAUCACCAUCCAGAGAUACACCCGCGGACACCAGGCCCGCUGUCUGGUUAAGUACAUGCGUCAGACCCUGGCAGCCAUCACUAUCCAGAAGUUUCAGAGGAUGUGUGUCCAGAGGAAAGUGUACCUACAGAAGCAGGCUGCUGCCCUGGUCAUGCAGACUAUUCUCAGAGCGUACAUGGCCCGACAGAAAUACCAAGGGUUGCUGCGUAACCACAAAGCUGUGUUCAUCCAGAAACACGUGCGUGGCUGGCUGGCCAGACAGCGGUACAAGCGCUCCCUACGAGCCAUCGUCUAUCUGCAGUGCUGCAUCAGGAGGCUGAAGGCCAAGAAAGAGCUGAAGAAGCUGAAAAUCGAGGCCCGCUCCGUUGAACAUUUCAAGAAACUUAACGUUGGCAUGGAGAAUAAGAUCAUGCAGCUGCAGAGGAAGUUAGACGAACAGGCUAAAGACAACCGUGUGACUAGCGAGCGGCUGAACUGUCUGGAGACGUCCCACGCGGUGGAGAGUGAGAAGCUGAAGGUAGAGGUGUCUAAGCUGAAGGGGAUAGAAGAGGAAGCCAAGAACAACGCCAACCGUGUCACUUCCCUUCUGGAGCAGCUGGAGAGGCUGAGGAAGGAGCUGACCACCACCCAGAAAGAGAAGAAGACCAUUGAGGACUGGGCUACCAAGUACAGGGAUGAGAUGGAAAAGAUGGUAGCAGAGCUGAAGCAGCAGAAUGGUCUGCUGAAGACCGAGAAAGACGACCUGAACCGAAUGAUCAAGGAACAGAGCCAGCAGAUGACAGAGAAAAUGACUCGUGCAUUAGCGGAGGAGACUCAGCAGUUGGAGAGCGAUCUGAACGAGGAGAGGUCUCGCUACCAGAACCUCCUAACAGAACACCUGAGACUGGAGGAACGCUACGACGACCUCAAGGAAGAAAUCACUCUCUCUGUGAGCGUGCCCAAGCCCGGCCACAGGAGAACAGACUCCACCCACAGCAGCAACGGAUCAGAGUGCACCUACAACUCAGAGUUCGCCGAAUCAGAAGAAAGUUCCCGACAUGGAGAAGAUGUGACCCGGGGCAUGGACACGUCUCUGACUCUGAAGCUGCAGAAGCGCGUAACCGAGCUGGAGCAGGAGAAAUCCUCUCUCCGCAACGAGCUAGAGAACAAGGAGGAGCAGUUCCAGCGGGCUAGAGUCAGGGAUGAUGAGGAGCAUAAGAAAUCACGUGGAGCAGAACUGGAGUACGAGUCUCUCAAGCGCCAGGAGCUGGAUUCCGAGAACAAGAAGUUGAAGCACGACCUAACCGCCAUGAGGCAGAGCCUGCUGGGUAAUGCAGGUGCUGGGGCAGGGGCACCAGGAAGUCCACCCUACAAAGUUCUCAUGGACCAACUGAACUCCUCGUGCGAGGAGCUGGAGGUGCGGAAAGAGGAGGUGCUGAUUCUACGAUCUCAACUGGUCUCACAGAAGGAGGCCAUGCAGCACAAGGAGACGAUGACAGAGCCAGUGCACUAUGCAGAGGAUGUCCAUAAGAUGAAGGACUCUGGUGCAAUCACUCAGGCUUAUCUAGGACUCAAAGAGACCAACAGAUCUCCCAGGUUCUUGCGUAAACCACUAGAAGCCAAUGAGCUCCUAAAUCGGCUCAGACUGUUGGAGGGCCAGAUGCAGCAGCAGCGGCGUAGCUAUGACAACGAGGUGGAGGUGUUGCGAGGGGAGUUACAGAGUGUUAAAGAGGAGAAUAACCGUCAACAACAGCUGCUGGCCCAGAACCUGCAGCUCCCACCAGAGGCACGCAUAGAGGCUAGUCUACAGCAUGAGAUCACACGACUCACCAACGAAAACCUGGAGAUGCUGAGGACUGAGGAUCCAACAGCAUAUCGCAGCGCCAAAGUCACCAUAUUACGACGGAUGGUUGACCUCAUGGAACAGCUGGAGAAGCAGGAUAAAACUAUCCGUAAGCUUAAGAAACAGCUGAAGGUGUUCUCGAAGAAGAUUGGAGAAAUGGGAGCUGGCCAUGUUGAGACUAUAUCUCCGGGUCAGAUGGUUGAAGAGACGGUCCGUCCGGUGAACAUUCCUCGUCGCGAGAAAGAACUUCCAGGGAAUGUGGAGUACAAGAAGGAGGAGAGCUGAAACUGUCAAUUAUCUGUAACAGAGUUGAAGCCUCGUGGUGUAGCGGUGAAUCUGAUCCCAGGCCUGCCAGCCUACAUCCUCUUCAUGUGUCUAAGGCAUGCUGACUAUGUCAACGAUGACCAGAAGGUCAGGACGCUGCUCACAUCCACCAUCAACAGCAUCAAGAAGAUACUCAAGAAACGGGGGGAUGACUUUGAGACGGUCUCCUUCUGGCUGUCCAACACCUGCCGCUUCCUACACUGUCUGAAACAGUACAGCGGAGAUGAGUCGUUUAUGAAGCACAACACUCCUAAGCAGAAUGAUCACUGCCUGUCUAACUUUGACCUGGCUGAGUACCGGCAGGUCCUCAGUGACCUGGCCAUUCAGAUCUACCAGCAGCUCAUCAAAUGCAUGGAGAACAUCCUACAGCCCAUGAUUGUCUCUGGUAUGUUGGAGCAUGAGACCAUCCAGGGUGUGUCGGGGGUUAAGCCGACCGGUCUGCGUAAACGGACAUCGAGCAUCGCUGACGAGGGAACCUACACGCUGGAAUCCAUCUUACGCCAGCUCAGCGCUUUCCACUCCACCAUGUGUCAGCACGGCACCGACCCUGAACUCAUCAAACAGGUUGUGAAGCAGCAGUUCUACAUCAUUGGAGCUGUGACUCUCAACAAUCUACUGCUGCGUAAAGACAUGUGCUCCUGGAGCAAAGGCAUGCAGAUCAGGUAUAACGUGAGUCAGCUGGAGGAGUGGCUGCGUGACAAGUCUCUGAUGCUGUGUGGAGCCAAGGAGACUCUGGAGCCUCUGAUUCAGGCUGCUCAGCUGCUGCAAGUCAAGAAGAAGACGGACGAAGACGCCGAGGCCAUCUGCUCCAUGUGCAACAGCCUGUCCACAUCUCAGAUUGUGAAGGUGUUGAACCUGUACACUCCAGUCAACGAGUUUGAAGAGAGGGUGUCUGUUACCUUCAUACGAACCAUACAGACUCGUUUGCGGGACCGCUGUGAGACUCCUCAGCUGUUGAUGGACACUAAGAUAAUCUACCCAGUCACCUUCCCUUUCAAUCCCUCCUCUCUGGCCCUGGAGACUAUCCAAAUAACAGGCUCCCUCAACCUAGCCUUCCUUACCCGCGUCUAACACACACACACACACAUACACAACUAAUUAGAUAGGCUAUACAUAUGUACACAUGCAUACACAAACCAUUAUCUUCCUAACACAUCCAAACACUUACAUACAGUGCACACACACAUACACACGCUCAGCUUCCACCCUACGGUAGUCUUUAUAUCAGUAGUUGAAAGCCCAUCCUCCUCCGCGUGUACAAAUGCUCAACUCUAAGAGAAUGCACCGCUACAGGCCACCUUUUCUCCUAUCUUACCCCCUUUUACUAAGCUACACUCCCCACCUACAACCCCAUUUAAGACCUAGUACCGUGUUCCCCCAGUCCUCUUUUCUCCUCUUUGUUCUCUUCUCAAUAGUGUAGUGUUUUCUAGCAGUCCGGUUCUCCCAUAGGAAUGUAUUACAGUACACUUAAGCUAGCUGUCCAGGGCUAGCAUCACAGCUAGCUAGCGCCUUCAGCUAAGCUCAGCUAGCAUCUGUUGUGUUAUGAUAGGAUGCUAGCGCUUCCACAGUUAUCUAGCUAGCAUCAGUUUUGAGUACAUCGUUAUCAACUCACCCACUGAACACAUUCAAGCCAAGUGCAGUACCCAUUGUCUGUACCAUACUUUUAUACAUAUAUAAAUACAUAUUAAUAUAUAUAUAUAUAUAUAUAUCACACUAGGGUGUUUUAUUUAUUGCAUUUAUCUCACUCCCUUUCCUAAAAUACGUUUUUCUUUGCAGACAGAAAACAUGGAUACCAUAGACUUGUAGGCUUAUCUCUCCAGCUUUCCAGACCGGAGAGAAGUAUGGCCAUGGAAAGACCACUAGAGUCCUGUAGUAUUAGAAUUAUGUCUAUAGCAGGUGAUCUAUGCAGUCUCAUUUAAUUAGCACUAUUUAAUGUAGCUUUUUAUUUAUUGAGCUCAUGAUGUAUUGUGCUUUAAGAUCUCUCUGCCGUAGCUUUGUCCUGCUUUAACCUGCUUCUCUAGUAGAUCUGCACUUUAGCACCACUGCACCAGACGUUGAAAUAGAGGAUUAGACUGGACCAGAGGUUGAAAUAGAGGAUUAGACUGGACCAGAGGUUGAAAUAGAGGAUUAGACUGGACCAGAGGUUGAAAUAGAGGAUUAGACUGGACCAGAGGUUGAAAUAGAGGAUUCGACUAGACCAGAGGUUGAAAUAGAGGAUUAGACUGGAACAGAGGUUGAAAUAGAGGAUUAGACUGGAACAGAGGUUGAAAUAGAGGAUUAGACUGGAACAGAGGUUGAAAUAGAGGAUUAGACUGGAACAGAGGUUGAAAUAGAGGAUUAGACUGGAACAGGGGUUGAAAUAGAGGAUUAGACUGGAACAGGGGUUGAAAUAGAGGAUUAGACUGGAACAGGGGUUGAAAUAGAGGAUUAGACUGGAACAGAGGUUGAAAUAGAGGAUUAGACUGGAACAGAGGUUGAAAUAGAGGAUUAGACUGGAACAGAGGUUGAAAUAGAGGAUUAGACUGGAACAGAUGUUGAAAUAGAGGAUUAGACUGGAACAGAUGUUGAAAUAGAGGAUUAGACUGGAACAGAGGUUUAAAUAGAUAGAGGAUUAGACUGGAACAGAGGUUGAAAUAGAGGAUUAGACUGGAACAGAUGUUGAAAUAGAGGAUUAGACUGGAACAGAGGUUUAAAUAGAUAGAGGAUUAGACUUGCAGUAGUUGGCUAGACUGGACGAGUAGUUUAGAUGGGUAUGGGUAUAAAACUAUCAGGUUUAGACGGCUUCAGCUACUGUACUUGCUUCUCCACUUGAACUAAGUAGUUUGGUUUCAAAACCCCUACAGAGGACUCACUAACUCUCACACACACUAGUGACUGUUGUUAAACAGAAGCACGCUGGAUCCUACAUAUCCACUACCACAGCGUUUCCCAAAACUAUUGGUCCCGGCCCCAUAUGGGGUCGCCUGAUUUUUAAAAAUGGGGUCGAAAAAAAAUACAAUAAAACCGUUCUUUGUUCAUAGAACCAGGGUUACGUCGGUAACCUCCGGUAGCCUCUAGAUACAGUUGUAAUAAACAGAGCGGUUUCUUUUUUUUUCCUACAAAUGUGGCUCUAUCUUUUAAAAGAAACAACAUAUUAUUUUUUUGAUUUAUUUAACUAGGUAAGUCAAUUAUGAACAAAUUCUUAUUUUCAAUGAUGGCCUAGGAACAGUGGGUUAACUGCCUGUUCAGGGGCAGAGAGACAGAUUUGUACCUUGUCAGCUCGGGGGUUUGAACUUGCAACCUUCCGGUUACUAGUCCAACGCUCUAACCACUAGGCUACCCUAUGACCCCAUCACUGAAAAAUCAGACUCUCAGGAACACGGAUGUGUCUUCUGUUUCCUUCUACAAUGGCCACAAGCCUCAUUAGAACAGAGUGGACAAGACCAGGAACUAAAUCAGCUAAAACAAUAAGUUUACAUUAGCGUUGAUUUCAUCACUUUUUUUCUACAUGGUGGAGUCGUGAUGUUUUAUUAUAUCAAAAUGGGGCUGCAGACCAAACAGUUGGAACUCCUGCAGUACCAACUACUACAUAUCUACAUGUCCUCACCCCACCACUCUGUCUGCUCCACUCUGUACAUUAUGAUGGACAAGAUCUAUAGGUAUUCCUUUCAGUAUUAUAGCCUUGGAAAGGAGGUUGUGUGUUACUAAACCUGGUUACCACUGAGCCAGUCUGUUUUACUGUAGUUGCUCUCAUAAUCCAUCGCAUUUAGACUCAAUAUCAACCAUGUCUUGAAUGUUUUCCCCUACAACCUGUAUGAUAAUGCUGCCUUGCCAGCUUUACUCCAGAAACUAAAUCACUUCUUUGUAGACAAACUAUUACAUGCCCUGGCUACAGUCUCUACCCUACCCUACUCUAACUCUUACCCCCUUCUUUCAUUCCCUACUAACCUACUCUAACAACUCCUUCACUGUCUCCCCAACCCCUUCUUCACUGUGUCCCAACAUCAGCCAAGUCUGUUUUCAUGGCUCGACUUUUAGAGAAAGCAGCCCUGUUGUUACUCAGCAUCAGAUAGUGACCAGGAGAGGGCGACAUUGGACACUAGGUCACAUGACUGUGGCUUCUCUAAAACCAGACCUUCUGCCAGAUGUUCUAUAGAAUGAAAGAAGAUAUAGUAACAUUCUAUUCACUACCACUAAGGCCCUUCUAACCUCUCUGACUGGUUAACCGCUGAGGGACAGAAAGGAUAGAACUACAUUUCUCAUCAUCGUUGCCUCUCUUCCUUACUUGUGCCAUCAGUGUUCACCCAUACCGUAACUGCUCAUCAACCAUCAACUUUAUUUAACCAUCAACCUUAUUGUUUAAUCUUCAACCUUAUUAUUAACUGUGACCUUUAUUUGCCUACCAACCCUGACCCUUUGAAUUUUGUUCCCUGGCCUAUAGAGAGACACGCGACUCAGAAAAACAUAUUAUUAUUAUUACUAUCAUUGAUGUAGGAGUCAAGUUCAUGUUUAAACUUGUUUUGUGGUGCAAUUUCAUUAAUAAUCAUAUAUUUAUUAUUGGGACCAUCAUGAGUGUAUUGUAUAAAAAUUAAAAAUGGCCUUUUUGUUACAUUUUUGCAGCGUUGCAUUUUAAUGAAGGAUUUUUAGGAUGAAGUUUUAGGUUGUUCAACAUGUGUAUAGUGAUACCAGAUCUAAAAUGCAUAUCUGCAUCUUGGGACGAUACUGGAAUACUGCAGGUUUUACCCGUGUGAAUGUUUUAGCUGUUAUUGAUCAUACAUAUAGGAUGACUUCAUUGUUACUCAUGUUUGGGACAAAGCCUUACAUAUGAUUUUAUAAACACUCAUCUCCUGUCUUUGUCUGUGUCUGUCUGUUACACGACUACUGUUUUAAAAAGUAGCAUUAUUAUUGAAGGUUUUGACAAGUUGUCCUUAGAUCUUAUUUCAGAGGCUGGGAUGGAAGGAUUGUUUUGACAAGUUGUCCUUAGAUCUUAUUUCAGAGGCUGGGAUGGAAGGAUUGUUUUGACAAGUUGUCCUUAGAUCUUAUUUCAGAGGCUGGGAUGGAAGGAUUGUUUUGACAAGUUGUCCUUAGAUCUUAUUUCAGAGGCUGGGAUGGAAGGAUUGUUUUGACAAGUUGUCCUUAGAUCUUAUUUCAGAGGCUGGGAUGGAAGGAUUGUUUUGACAAGUUGUCCUUAGAUCUUAUUUCAGAGGCUGGGAUGGAAGGAUUGUUUUGACAAGUUGUCCUUAGAUCUUAUUUCAGAGGCUGGGAUGGAAGGAUUGUUUUGACAAGUUGUCCUUAGAUCUUAUUUCAGAGGCUGGGAUGGAAGGAUUGUUUUGACAAGUUGUCCUUAGAUCUUAUUUCAGAGGCUGGGAUGGAAGGAUUGUUUUGCUUUCUGUCUAGUUGCACUUUUUGAAAUAUUUACUGAACAAGUUGAAAAAACGCUGAUAAAGUUAGCUCUGUCUGCCCUUAACCUAUCUGAUGUGGUUUAUGCUCCUCCAGAGAGGUCAUCUAGCUGUACUCAUUUACACAGUAGAAGGCUAUAGUCUUACUGACUAUCCCAAAUGGUACCAUAUUCACUAGAUAGUGCACAGCUUUUGACCAGGGCCCAUAGGGAAUAGGGUGCCAUUUGGUAUGUACCCUUAGCCCAUUUCUAUGAUUAGCCUUCUUCAAGCAGUGUAGAUGGACCACUCUUCCCGCUCUCCCCUUCCCUUAUAGUGUCCCACUCUGUAUAUGCUGUGUGCCUCAGACAGGCUUGUUCAUGUAGACACUCUGUGGUACGACCGGUCUUCACCUCAUUUCAGAUAUACAUUUUAACAUCUCCAGAUGGUUCUUAAAAUAGAUACUUAAAAUCUCCCUUUUUAUGGUUUUGACAAUUGUGGUCAAUGCUAAAGUAUCACAUCAAGUCACGACAUCAUCACCAACCGACACAUCUCAUUGAUCUAAUGAUCUUCAGACUUCAUACAGUCCACCUGUGGUAGAGAUGCUGAACUCUGCUCUCUCCUCUCCAUCUCCUCGCUUCUAUUCACUUCUUUGUCCUCUCUCCUCCCGUGUGUACAUCGGGAGAACUGGACUGUGUGUAUAAUUCCUGGUAGCUGUACUUAGUGAAUGUGUUCACCAUUAAGAAACUUGGAAUAAGUUUAAAUUGUCAAACCCUGUAAAAGACAAAUAAAGGAAUUCAGCACUGAAAA